UAAUCGUAAUGUAAACAUUUUGUAUUUUAUCAUUGGCAAGUGGUAUUCAAUUUAAUUAUGACAAGAAAAUUAUUAGGAAUUUGUAAUACACGUAAUGUAAAAUUGCAAUUUAGUAGAACGUGUAAUUUUUCAGAGUUAGAUUAUAUAAAACUAGGUAUUCAAUUAAGUCCAGCACUGAUGCAUAAUAACAUGAAAAUAAAUACUAUCACACGAAGUACUCAGUACAGUAAAGUAUUCGCUGCUCAUGAGGUAAACACAAAUACUGUAACUUAUAGGAAUAAUGGAAUGUAUCAUUAUGAGGGUGGUUGGCCAAAAGAUAUUAAUAUGAAAGAGGCAGAACAAACAGUUCGAUACAGACGGAAGAUAGAAAAAGAUGAAUUAUAUAUUCAUACCAUGUUACAGUUAUUACCUCCAAUGGAACAUUGUAUUUUACAAAAUAAUGUAUGCGAUAUUUAUGAACAAUAUUUUAAUGAUACGGAAGCAACGUCAUUGAUACCAAAAACAUUUUCCCGUACAGUGAAUGUAUAUCGUGAUCCUUUGUCAGUAAAACGUCAGAUAACACAUGUUUCGUGGUCACCUGAUCAAGGAACUCGUUUUGCUGCUAAUUAUUGUAAUACUGAUUUUAAAAAUACAAUCAAUUUCAAUCCUACAUCAUACAUUUGGGACAUUGAGAAUCCAGGCAGUCCUUUUAUGACUUUAAAACCAUUUUGUCCGAUUUUAACUUUAGAAUAUAGUUCGAAGGAUAAUAAUGUUUUAGUUGGUGGUUUAAUGACUGGGCAAGUAGCAUUUUGGGAUAUAAGGAAAGGAUGUGAACCUAAUGAAGUCAGUUUAAUUAAUCAGAGUCAUAGAGAUCCAUGUGAUAACGUUUUGUGGAUCAAUUCGAAAACUGGAACUGAAUUUUUCAGUUCUUCAAAGGAUGGACAGAUUAAAUGGUGGGAUACAAGAAAAAUGAAAGUUCCUACUGAAACUUUGGUGAUAGAUUUAGAAAAACCUGAAAAUCAAAAUGUGGAUCAGGCAACCGGUGUAUCCGCGUUACAAUUUGAACCUUCUAUGAGUUCACGAUUUAUGUGUGGUCUAGAAAAUGGUAUGGUAAUAUCCGCAAAUCGUAAAGGAAAAACACCAAGUGAAAAAUUAGCAGUUAGAUUUGAAGUUCAGUAUGGUCCAGUAAUAGGUUUAGUACGGAAUCCAACAUUUAUUAAAAAUUUUUUAACUAUAGGCGAUUGGACUGCUAGAAUAUGGUCCGAAGAUUGUAGGGAAUCUUGUAUUGCUUGGACUCCAGGUCAUCGACAAUUUGUAAUGGGUGGUUCAUGGAGUACAACAAGAUUUUCGGUAUUUUUCUUGAUCAAAAUUGAUGGAACUUUGGAUGUAUGGGAUUUGCUAAUACAACAAGAUACUCCGGUUCUUAGCAUAAAGGUAUGCGAUGAAACUCUUACUUGUGUAAGACCUCAUGAACAAGGACAAUUAAUUGCUGUUGCUAGUAGAAAUGGUAUAAUAUAUUUACUCGAAUUAUCGGAAGCACUUAAGAUUAAUCAUAAAAAUGAUAAAUUAUUAUUAACAGCACUACUGGAUAGAGAAACACGAAGAGAAAAAGUGAUCGAAGCAAAAAAUAGAGAAAUAAGAUUGAAAAUGAAGUCUCUUCGCAUUAAUGUCGAUUCAGACAGCAUGAACGAUCCUUCGAAAAGUAACAAUCGUGAAGAUUCGAAACAAAAUGUUCUAUGUUCAAAAGAUGCAUUAAUAGAACAAUGUGAACAAGAUUAUAUAAGUAUUAUAGAAGCGGAAAAAGCGAGAAGAUCUGCAGAAAACGACGUUGAAUUAAACAACAAUGAUAUAAACGGUAAUGAAAUUAUCAAUUAGCUUAACAAAUUAGAAUAAUUAACUUAUGUUAAUCUACAUACAAUUAUGUGAUUAAUAAAUAUAGAAAGGAAAAACCUAUUCAUCCGAUUAAUCGUACUUUUCUACGAAUGAAUUUUUUCUAAUACUAUUUCGAAAUCGAUUUGAUGUUAGAAAAAUAGGUGGAUUAUAAGUGCAUUAUAAUCAAUACGAGUUUCUAUACACAGACAAACACGAGAGCGGUAAACACCUGCCGUUUAUCGAUCUAUUCACAUUUCCGCGAGUAGUAUGAAUAAAUGUGAGUUUAGUUCUUGUAGGCCAUGCAAUCAGUUUGGUGUCGUCUGUCAAAGUGUUAACCACUUUAAACGUGUAUCAAAAAAAUAAAAUGAAUAUUGUCAAAUAAAGUUCUAUAAUUUUAAAAAAA